AUGGCAAAAUCUUUUCAAGAAAAAUACUUCCCAACUGGAGAUAUUUUUGAAGCAAAACAAAAAUACAACUCCACAUGGUCUUGGAGAAGUAUUAGUUCUGAGGUCGGAUUUAUACAGAGAUACAGUUGUUGGAAUGUUGGAGAUGGUAAGGAUAUUCUAAUAUGGAAGCACAGAUGGAUUCCGGAACUUCAAGAUCCCCCAAAACCUAAGCAUGGCUGUUUGAUCCAUGACCAGUUUAUCUAUGUGAACCAGCUAUUUCUGCGGAAUACUUCUUCAUGGGAUAUAUAUCUUCUUCAUACCCUUUUCGAUACUAAUAUUGUCAGUUUCAUCACCAGUCUCUCAAUACACUUGAGCCAAGUUGAUAAUCUUAUAUGGCUGCUCGAGAAGAACGAGAACUUCACUGUCAAGUCUUGUUACAGGAAGAUGUAUGAAGAAACUCAUCCGUACCAAUCUGUGGGCCCCAGAAUGCAAAAUAUAUACAAAAGGUUGUGGAAGCUACCAACUCUUCCUAGGGUUUGCCAGUUUCUAUGGAAAGCUACUUCAAAUCUUUUAGCAACAAGAGAAGCUUUGGGUCAUCCCAUUGUUGGCUCAGACGAUUCGUGCCCUUUUUGUGGACAACACCAAGAAACUGCUUCUCAUGUUUAA